GGAGUCCGUCCGGCGGCUGGUAUCCCCGGCGGCGUAUGCCAGCCUGCUGCCGGGACCAAAACUGGCUCCGCGGGUGUCUGGCCUGUGGGCGGCUGGACCGACACGAUGUGGCGGCUCCGCUGCAAGGCCAAGGAUGGCACCCAUGUCUUGCAGGGGUUGUCCAGCCGGACCCGGGUGCGGGAACUCCAGGGCCAAAUUGCCGCCAUCACCGGGAUUGCUCCCGGCUGUCAGCGAAUCCUCGUCGGAUACCCGCCUGAGUGCCUGGAUCUCAACAACGAGGAUACGGUUCUGGGGGAUUUGCCCAUCCAGUCAGGCCCAGCUGGGGACAUUCUCCGCUUCCCUUGGCUUCCCCUCUGGAAGCCCCUUUCGCCGCCCCUGCACCUUGCUUCGGGCGAUGCCCGAGAGGGAGCUGUGGCCAGCGGGGCCUGGCUCGGAACCUGUGACCCGCGUUGGCAGCUGCGACAGCAUGAUGAGCGUCACUUCCACCCGCUCGGGAUCUAGUGACAGCAGCUACGACUUCCUGUCCGCUGAAGAGAAAGAGUGUCUGCUCUUCCUGGAGGAAACCAUUGGCUCCUUGGACACUGAGGCUGACAGCGGACUGUCCACUGACGAGUCUGAGCAAGCUACAAACCCCCGAGGUCCCCGAGCACUGCCCCUAACCCAGCCUGCCCCCCAGGGACACCCGGAAGAGACGACUGUUCCACAAGGCCCAGAGCCAAGGAGAGGGACUCCGUCCAGCUUGUCUCAUCCACCCGCGCCCCAGAGCCUGGGCUCCAAGUCUGGCUCCUACAGCCUCCCCAGAAAUAUCCACAUCGGCAGAAACCAGAACCUCUGGAAAAGCACCACCCAGACUAACAGCCACCUCCCUGGGGGACCCAAGGGGCUGGUCCUAGGGCCUGAGAAAGAGCAGGUCAGCCAGAGCAGUGAGCCCAGCCAGGCGCCCGCCGUCCCCCAGGACGCUGCCCUUGAUCUGGACGUGGCGCUCAUCCCCCCACCAGAGGCUUUCCGGGACACCCGGCCGGAGCAGCCUGGGCAAGGCAGCCUGCCCAAAGGGCCAGGGGAGCAGAGCCACACGCCCCAGCUCCACACCUCACUCAGCCCCCAGAAGAAAAGGGAGGCUGCUUCGGAGGCCAUGUCCCAAAAGGCCAAUGGUACAGGCCCGACAGGGGCACCGGGGCAGCCUCGGCCUCCCUGUGCUGGGUCGUCCCAGAAUUCAAGAGCUGAAGAUGCUCCCGUCCCAUCACGGGGGGAUCCAAAUGCCCAGCUGGCUCCCCUCACAGCCCCUAAGCCCCGGAAGCUGCCGCCAAAUAUCAUUCUGAAGAGCAGCCGAAGCAGUUUCCACAGUGAUCCCCAGAACUGGCUGUCCCGCCACUCUGAGGCCGCCCCCGGAGACGCCAGCCUGGCCCCGUCUUCGCUGCAGGAGCAGAGGAAGGCACGCAGGGAAGCGCUGGAGAAGCUGGGGCUGCCCCAGGACCAGGAUGAGCCCAGCCCCCACUUGAGCAGGCCCUCAUUCAGACUGAAGGAGACUCGGGCUCAGGCCCCCUCCCCGGCCGGGCCCGCAGCUCCAGCUCCGGUCUCGGUCUCGGCAGCCGCACCUGCGGCGGGAAAGGCGCCUGCGCCUGCGCAGGGACCUUCUCCGCUGAAAGCUCCGGCUCCGGCUCAGCGGUCUUCUCCCGGCAAGGUUUCCGUUUCUGCCCAGGAACCCACUCCAGGGAAAGCCCCAGCAGUCCAAUCCCUGCCAAUUCCUAUCCCUAAGGCCUCGAGGGCAAAGAGUCCCCCGACGCAGCCAAAGCCAGACUCAGGGCUGACCCUCCAGGGGAGCAGCACCCCUGGCCUGAGACAGACGAACUUCAAGUCCAACACGCUGGAGCGGUCGGGCGUGGGGCUGAGCAGCUACCUCUCGGCUGAGAAAGCGCCCAGCCCCCAGAUCAGCACCUCUCUGGGAAAAGACUCCUUCUUGGACCAGAUGUCACCCCACGUCUUGCGUAAUUCGCGGCCCCGCCCUGCCUCCCUGGGCACCAGGAAGGACUUCGAGGGGAUCCAGGUGGGCAAGCUGGCUGACCUGGAGCAGGAGCAGCACUCCAAACACCUGUCUUUCCAAGGACAGAGCCGGGACAAGCUGCCUCGGCCCCUCUGUGUCAGCGUCAAGAUCUCGCCAAAAAGCGUAUCCGAUGAGCACAGAAGGGAGGCCCUGAAGAAGCUGGGCCUGUUGAAGGAGUAGGGCGCCGGCCAUCAGCACCGCACCCACAGCCCCCUCCACGCACCCCGUUGUUCAAGAAGAGACCCGGGGCUCCACUUAGCCUUCCCGCCUCACAGCUCGGGGGCUGGGCAGGGGUUGUGUUCUCUCCAAUGUCCUCUUCUUUCUGAGGGAGAGAUUGGAGCAUACGUUUAUACUCAGUGGUUGUGCCGAGGAGUGCCUGCACGAAUCAUCCUGAAGAUGGUUUCCACAGGAGGGUGUGUGUGUGUGUGUGUGUGUGAGACAGGCUGUAUAUAUCACAGAAGCUAUUUAUAGGACACAGGGGGUCACUGCUCAGAAGUCCGCUCUUGUUGGAAACUUUCUUAUAUUGGGUAGAGUUCAGCCUAGCCAGAACCAAGUGUAGAGGAGCAGCUAAACCUGAGGAAAAGCAGUCAGAUGAGACAGUGGAGGUGCCAGGGACAUUAGGCAAAUGCAGGUCACAGGGAAUGUCUCCCAGAAUCCCUGCCAUGGGUGGAGAUGGGCUCACACUUUGCAGGAUUCCAGUCUCAGUUCUGGACAGGGGCCCGGGGCCAAGAGGAGUUUUUGUUUUGUUACCUCUUCCUCUGCUGUCUUCUCACUGUCCCUAGUCCCAAGAAUCGGACACAUCCCUAUAAUUAAGAACUUUCAAUUGACAGAUGCCAGAAGCACUCCUGUUGGUUUGAGAAGGCCAGAUAUGUGCCCACGCAGCACACCUUUACCAGGGAGGGCUUUGUCCAUGGACUUGUUAAAUUCUGUAAAUAAACUACGAUGGUCCCUGACUCUGAUGUUCCCCUGCUUCCGAUGGCGGUUUGCACAGGACUGACCCCAAGGCUGGGCCAACAGUGGGAUGGGGGCCCAAGCCCAGAGGAUUUGUAAAUAAAUACCAAAGAACUGUUGUAGGCUUUGUCCCCACGAUUGCAAGUUGUUUUUUAAUUUCCUCUGUUCCUAUGGAAAAUCAGCAUAAUACAUUCUCUGCCAAUUAUUCAUAGACUGUCAGAGCUGGGAGGGGCCUUAGUGACACCCCAGUGCACCCCGGCUAGGGAAGGGAAGUGACUCAUUGUGGUCACUGUGCCGUUUAAUAACAGAGUUGGGGUUCCUGAUUCCCCUCCCAUGCUGCACGCCCCUCCCCUCAAACAGUGCCUUUGCCCACCCACACAGCCCCCUAAGCUGCGGGAGUCAUUAACCAGGAUGCAGCCCUAAAGCUCUCCAAGACCCUAAAGUGUCUUCUGAAACAUCAGAGAUUAAAUGUUUUUCAGGAUCAUA